AUGGCCUUGCGGUUUAAAGUUUUGUCGAAGAAAGUGGAGAAGUUUGAACGCAAGGGGAUGCAGAAUUAUAAAGUUAACGCAGAGAAAGUUCCUUGGCUAGAUACUAUGUUAGAUGAGGUUUUCGUAGUUUCUCGUCCAAAGCCAAGUGAUUAUGAAGCGCGAAGAGAUUUGGUUCGGAUAUUUAAUGACAUUGCAAAAGAAGUGUUUGGGAAAGCUGAUGAAGUUCCUGUUGUGGUGGAAUUUGGCUCUUUUGUGAUGGAUCUUUUUAGUCCAAGAAGUGAUUUAGAUCUGUCUUUCAACUUUACCAGCAGUAAAGCUCAGGUUACUCGGGAAAGAAAGAUUCAAACACUUCGGAAGCUUGCAAGAAAGUUUUAUGCACUACAAAGUUGUGGUCAUGUUUAUGGUGUCCAUCCAGUUACUACCGCCAAAGUUCCUGUUCUUAAAGUUGUGGACCGUGGAACUGGUGUUGAGUGUGAUUUAUCAGUUGAAAACCAAGAUGGAGUUCUAAAAUCCAAGUUAAUUUAUAUGAUUUGUUCAAUAGAUGAGAGGUUUCGGAAGCUAAGCUUUUUGAUGAAGGUAUGGGCGAAGACACAUAAAAUCAAUAGUUCAAAAGAUGGAACAUUAAAUUCAUUAUCCAUUAUACUUUUGGUUGCUUUUCAUUUACAGACCCGAAAUCCUCCUAUACUACCUCCAUUUCAUGACUUAUUCAAAGAUGGUACUGAUCCUGCAUCAGUGGUAAAGGUGCUCGGUAAUUUUGCGAACUUUGGAAGAGGUAACAAAGAAUCAGUGGCUGAGCUCUUUGUUUCUCUACUGAUAAAGUUAUCGUCAGUUGAGAGGCUUUGGCCCAAAGGUCUUUGUGCAAGUGUUUAUGAAGGGUCCUGGAAAUCAAAAACCUUUGAUUCCAAAGUUGCCACAAUCAGUGUUGAGGAUUUCACAGAUCGAUCACAAAAUGUAGCAAGGGCUGUAGGUCCUGCAGAAUCUAAAGCUAUUUACAAAUGCAUCCAGCAAUCGAUCCAACAUAUUUUUGCGUACAUGGAUGGCCAAAUUGAAGGAUACAGAUUAAGGGAACUUUUAUUUGGCCAGGCAGCUAAGCCAUUAGUUGGUGCUGGAAUUGCUAACUUGAAGAGGACUGCAGUGACACCUGUGAUGGAUAAUACUAUUGCUGUUGCGACUCCUAUUGCACGUCAGGUGAACAUGGCAGUAGGGAGAGAAGAUGUUCCCGUUUCGCAUAAAAGGGACCAUGCAAGACCAAGUAGUUUACCAUUGACCAAAAAGCUGCGGUAUACUAAUGUCUCAGGUGAGGACUGGGGAGGCACAUCCUCUGCGAAUUGGUUAACUCCAAAUGGGAAUUGGGGAGGGACAUCAUCUGCUAAUUCGCUAACUCCAACUGGAGAUUGGGGAGGUACAUCCGCAGCUAAUUGGUUAGGAUCACAGCAACUUCCACAUUUUGAUUUGGGAAAAGCGCAGUGGGGAAUGGAGCGGGUGAAUAACUGGGGAGCAACUACACCUGCUACUGAAGGUUGGGGUGGUAAAUGA